AAAAGUAGUUAAUUCAAAAGUGAUAAGAAAAAACACGUAAACCCGCUGAGCACAGAGCGAGCAUCUCGCGAGGGCUGAGGCAGAGCGAGUGGUAAUGGAGAAGAAGGAAGACGAAUUACAGGAAGUGCUUCGCGCUUUGCCUUCCGACGCCGUCAAGGAUUUGUUGUCUCACCAGGUAUGUGCCCGCUGCAUCUUGCGCGUGUUUGGGGUCCAAGGCCGCGCCUAUGCCUCUCCCUCCCUCUCUUCUCUCUUCGCACAACAUUCCCAAACGCAACUUUGCAGGCUUUGCUUAGGGAUCCUGCAGUUCACGUAUUCUGAUGACACCAAAACCCUCCUUCAAAACGACAAUCUCCCUCUUCUCAUUGCUCAAACCGUUCAACGACAAGCCUAUCACUUUCAUUCCUUUUCCCUUGAAGUUUCCAUCCCACCUAUCGUUCUCGACAAUGACAACUCUCUUCGGUCAUAUAUGAAAACCAAAUACGGGUCCCAACCUUGGUUCCAACAAAACUUGCAUAUUGGAUGCAUCUCUGCAAAGGAUGCCUUAAAAUUUUCUCUCGUAUAUCCUCUUGAAGAUCUUCUGGAAUGUAAAUCAAGUAUGGGCCCUUUCCGCAUUCGUUUGACAUUCUGUCACGCGAAAGCUUCAAAAGGGGAUGAGAAGUGUUCGGAUGGUGCUGAGAGUUGCAAGAGAAGAAAAAUAGGCGAGUCCAAUGCAGUUGGAGAAAGGCCUACUAGCAGUUCUGUUGAAAAUGAUUCCUCAGACUGCUGUGAAUUCUUGCUAGAAAAGGCAAAUGAGCCUUGCCAUCUUACUUACUUUUGCUACAGGACACCUUUCUAUUUUGGUGGAAGAUACCUAAAGUAUUCACGGAAUGUGAGUCAAACACGCUGGAUUAUUGAUGAUGAAAGAAUGGGAGAAGCAUCAGUCGAGGAAAUAAUUGGUGGAAACAUCCUCCAAGCUUGUCAAGGUGAUAGUUUUAAGUUUCAUGCUGCAGGCAGAGAAGAUAUCGAUGUCCGAAUGUUGGGUCCAGGCAGGCCAUUUAUUGUUGAGGUGCAAAAUGCACGACACAUCCCAUCUGAACUGUCUGUAAAAGAUAUGGAGAAAACGAUAAAUAGCAUGGAGUUUAGUUUGAAUAAAUUGGUUAGGGUAAAAAAUCUUAAACUUGUUGGUAGUGAUGGCUGGAACCUAAUGCGAGAAGGUGAAGCAGAGAAGCAGAAACAAUAUGCUGCUUUGGUGUGGAUUUCUCGACCAAUAAAGGAUGAAGAUUUUCAAUGUGUUUCUUCUCUCAAGGAUUUGAAAGUUUUGCAGAGGACUCCAAUAAGGGUGCUACAUCGUCGCAGUCCUUUAGAGCGGGAAAAGAUUAUUCAUUGGAUGACAAUGGAGACAAUUGCUGGAAGUUCUCAAUAUUUUCUUCUGCACUUAUGUACACAGCUUCCCCCUCCUGGACAUCCAAAAGUGACGGAAUCGGGAAUCCAACCAGUUUUUGCUAGUAUAAAAGAACCUGCUUCGUUCCUAAUGCAGCAGCCAAAACCUGUUUUGCGUUCUUCCUUAAAAAGGCUUCAUCAGCUGGGACCUACAUCAAGGAAUUUGUUCAUGGAGACCUUGGACGCACCCAUCCUAGCAUUGGAUCAAUUUUGGGUUGCAGAGCUGAAAUUUUGCAGCUUGAUGUCACAGACAUCAAAAUGGAAUGUUUCCUGACCUAAUCCGGUUUUAAUCUUGAUUGCUCGACUUUGGAAUCUUCAACUGGAGCCUCUUUCUUCUAGUAGCAAAAGAUUUCCUAGAACUCUUAUUUCGGUCUCCUUACGUUAGUGCUCUUGAGCAAUGCUGAAGUAAUUAUAGCUUUAUGAUCGAUGUUUAGGGUCUAUUUAGUUUGGAUUUUCAGAAAAAUAAUAAUUUAUGUUUAGGUUAAAAGAGUUGAUUUUAUUUUGAUGGAAAAGUAUAAUUAUUUUGAAGUAUAAAUUUUUACAAGUUUUAUGGGUUU